GACCAUUCACGUCUGGAGACCAAGCCAUGGACGAGCUGGAACUUGCCCAAGCUGAGGCUGAGUUUGUCCACGCUGGGCUUGCACAACACAGGGCCGACAGGAAAAGAGGUUCAUCCCUCUUGGUGCCGAGACUGCAGUUCAAGCGGCGCCACAGGGCCACACGCCUCUUGGGUUUCAAACCCAAAGCAUUUCAAGCACAAAAAAAAAAGAAGAGCAGUGGCCAAGUACAAGGCUGGCCAGAAGGCCACCGGGCCACCCACCAGGCCAGGAAAGGGCGAGUUGAAGGCAAGGCAGUUCGAUCCGAGGGGAAAUGCUCCGAUGAUUGUCACUGGCUCAGAUUGCUCAGGUCUGGACACUGCUACUGCUGCUUUGAAAAUGGCAGGCCUCGAGCCCUGCACGGUGUUCUUGUCUGAGAAAGAUGCCCACGCCAGAAGAGUGUUGGAGAGCAACUAUGCUACUGGUGGAGCUUAUGCAGUCGAGGGCAUUGGUGGCUUGCCCCAUGCUGGCAGCAAGCCUCGGAUUUUCAACAACAUCAUGGCAAGGGAUGAUUCCGAGAUCAGUGCGGAAAUCGACCUCUACACUGCAGGCCCACCCUGCCAGCCAUUCAGCAUGGCUGGUUUGCAGAAUGGCUUGCACGAUAAACGUGCUCAUGUGCUGCUGCGUGUUCUGCAGACGAUUAAGACCAUUCAGCCCCUGACAUUUGCCUUGGAGAAUGUCAAACCAUUAGCGCGGCACAAGAAGUUCAAGCUCCUCUUUGAUUUCAUUUUGGCUUUCCUACGUUCCAUCGAAGAUGCAAAUGGCGAGAAAGUGUACCAAGUGGAAUGCAAGGUUCUUGACACAAGCGUUGUAGGUGGCUUGCCCCAAGCGCGGCUACGCACUUACAUUGUUGGCUGGAAAAUUGCAAAGGCGGACCCUUCCAUGAAAUGGCAGUGGCCAGCCCGCAUCCCGAGCAGGAGCGUGUCCAGUUUUCUGGACUGCACAGAUGUCUCUGACUUACACCACGGCGUGACCACGGAGAAAGGCAAAGCAAGGGUCCAGCAGCACCUGGUGUCAGUCGCCAAAAUGAUCCAGGAUUCCAUUCUGAAGUGUUCUGCCACGAAGGCGUCACAGGAUGCUGUGUGGUGCGCCGAUGUGGGGUGCAGCUUGAAGCGCGGCGCGGCAGCCCUGCCUGAAAAGUCACCGACGUUGACGCACAGUCGGUGCAAGUCUGGAGGUCACAUGUUGCUACCCAUGCAGCGGCACAUGACUUUGAAUGAAAUUGAAGAACUUCAGGGGUUUCCAGGAGGACAUUUACGGAUCCCUGCCGGAGUCAGCAAGAAGAAGUAUGCAGGCAUGCUUGGCAACGCUUUCACUGUCAGUGUGAUCGGCAGGGUUGCGUUGAAUUUGCUGAAAAUGGUCGGCAAGGGACACAAGGCCCAAGUCAUGGAGGAUUUACUGCCAGAGCACAUGGGUGUGGAACAAUGCGUGCAGGAAUUCGUGCCAGAGCAGAUCGAGCCUGUGACAGACUUUGGCAAGAAAUGGAAAAGACUUGGGCCCAGAUGGGUGGCACAGUACCCUUGGCUACACUGCACAAGGAACCGAGCUGGAGAAGUGAACAGUGUGUACUGUAAGGCAUGCAAGCUUCAUGGCAAGUUCCACGCUGAGUUUCGAACAGUGUCCUCGUUGCAGAAGGCGCACUUCGAUAAACAUGAGCGAGCUAAGGGCCACAGGAUAGCAGUUUCUGAUCCUGACGUUCGCUUGGCCCUUGUUGCCCCUCCAGUUGCUGCUUUCGUGGAAGCUCUGCGUUUAGUCCGCCAGGGUAAAGCAGGAGGGGCUGAAGGCACCGGAACUUUGAAACGUGACAAGUUGCUCAAAGCUAAGUAUUGCUUGGCUGAAGCUUUAAGGUUUCAAACUCGCAGGGACUUGAGGAGUUGCAAUUGUUUGACUUUGCACUCGGAUGCUUCCAAAGGGAGACUACUUUUGCGUGUGCAAGGUUGUGGCCCACAGCUGCGGCAAGUUCAUGCUUUGGUGGGGUGCCAAAAGCUUGAAGAUUUUGACUCCCACGGCAUUGCCAAAUGUGUCUUGCUGAUGGUGGCGGAUUUGUGCUCACCAUUCAAGCACAGCGAAUCCUUUGAAACGAGCCAGUCGCUGAAUGAAGAUGUCACCUCCAUGGACAAAGCUUUGUUGGCCCAUCUCUUUGAGAUCACAGAGGUCUUCAACGCAGACGCAGCUGCAGAUGAGCAAUUGGCUGGCCAGAUCCUUGAAUCUGGUAAUAAUAGAUUCCUGGAGGCUUGCCCCGGAACUUGUCCUGCCUUGCUUGAAGCUAUGGAUGUGAACAUGGCUACAUUCUCACAAGUGUUCCCAAACUUGAAGGUCAUCAACAAAGACAAGCCCCAUGCCGCCCGUAGGAUUGUCAGCCGGACAUGGAAAUGCGACCGUGUCCUCGACCAAAUUGUGAAGAAAGUGUUCAUGGACACCGAUGGCAUUGUGCAACAGAUUCAUUUCUCCGAUGUGUUGCGGUCCAUGUAUGCCCAGAACGUUCGAGCCAUGCAGUUCACCCCCUUGUGGAAUGAGAUUUCGGACAAAUUUUCUGCAGCGAAGCACCGAUUCGAUUCGUGGAGCAUGCCCUUUGCUAAAGUUUGCCUCACGUUAGAUGCUGUGAUCCGAACAGCCCAGUCUGCCCAUGAAGAGAGGAAAAAUGAAAAGGUUGGAAGCCUUGCCAUUGCAGUGCAGCAGUUUGUCAUGAAGUUGGAGGUGCUGUUUCUGAAAGGAGCAGUCGUGAAGACUGGCUACACAGCCCACCUUUUGGACCAAUUGCAGAAGCCACGGACGAUAUACAUUGACAAAGUGGCCAAACGGCUCGGUGGCUUGCCCCAGCCGCAGAUGGCGACGGUCGUUUACCGAUGCUUGAAACGCUUUGCUUCCUGGGUGCAGCUAGCGCAGGAAGUGGUCGCAACGGAGUUUCCAGCGUUUGAGAUUUUGCAGCCUAUGUCCAUUUUCCAUUUGGAAUCGUUGAAUGACAAAGUGCACAGAAGAGACGACCACAGGACUGAAGCACGAGAUGUUAGCGAUAAGAUCCACAAAGUGUCAAACGUUUUGUCCUUGGAUGAGUGCGCGUUGUCAAGCCAGUUUGCAGACUACCACCCUGUAGCUCAGCACAAGUUUGAAUCCGCUGCAGACAUGGAACCAGUGAUGGCCUGGAAAGCAGCUUUGGAUACAGUUCUGAUUUUGCUUACUAAGGCUUUUCGGAGGCAACGUGCUGCUGCAGUGGCGCAGGACGUGAAAAAAUGCGGAGAUGACCCGACACCAGGAUUUUUGGUCAACGAAAACGAGCAUUGGACACAAGAACAUGAGAAAGAAACGCAGUUACAAAAAAAAAGACGUAAAGAACGUGCUUUGGAAGCAGCUGCUCACAAUGGGCUUACAACGGAAGAAAAACUCAAUGAAUAG